CCAUUACUCUAACCUCAAUCUCUCCCCUCCUUAUAAUUCUCCUCUUUCUUACUCCUCAAAACUAUAAGUCUAUAACUAUAACUUUAUAUACCAGUAUAUAUAUUGUGACGAUCGAACCAAUUAAUAACUAAGUGUAAUUAAUAAUACAAAUCAAUAUUAAGAGAUCGAUGAUGAUCAUGAAACAGUCCCAACUCACUCAUGUGUUUCUCAUAUUUUCACUCUUUGUUUUUCUUCUUCUUUGCUUCCAAUUGGAUGCUCGUUUACUGGCCGAGGAAGUACAAGUUGGGAGAGGGUCAACAGCUAAUAAUGAAAAAGUGAAUUAUGAUGAAGAGAUUGUCAAUGAAGAAUGGCUUGUUACAGGAUCUAAAGAUGAUAUUUUAGAACUGAUGGGAUCAAGGGAAUGUGAUUAUAAAAAUGAAGAAUGUCUGAAGAGAAGGAUGGUUGCUGAGGCUCAUUUGGAUUACAUUUACACCCAACAUCACAAACCUUAGUUAUAUAAAUAUUAUUAAUUAGGACAUAUCAUAUUAAUUAUGGACCAAAGUUACUCUUAAUUAUUAUAUAUAUAAUAGUAGUACUUCUCCAGCUAUAUAUAUAUGUGUGUCACAUGUAUGAUGUGUACAAUAAUAUUUCAAGAGCAAAAUAAGGUUGUAUUAAUAUAGGCCUAUAGAGAAUCGCGUGUUUAGUUUAAUACCAAUGUCAUAUUAGUAUGCUUUUCUUUCAAUAAUGGCUUAGCUGUUUCUAAAUGUAUAAACUAUUUUAUAUAGUAAUUAAUUUUUAGUAGUA